CCCGUUGGUCACACUGCAUAUUUGCUCGUAGAAUAGCAAUCGCGAAACGCAAAAAAUCAAAUUAGUUCAAUAAAACACAAUUUUUAACCAGUAAAUAAAGGCUACGAAGUAAAGUACAAUACAAAAGCCAAGAAAGUGUAAAGGAUCAGCCAAGGAACUGGAUUUUAAUCAUAAAUUCUCUGUUCUUGUUGUGCUCGAGUGUGUGUGUGACUGUGUGUGUCGGUGUGUGGUGUCUGUGCAUUAGUGUGCGUGUGCGUAUUGCUAUCACUUUCUGGCGCGCACACAAGAUAUAUACACACAGAAAUCUCAAAAAAGAAGGAAAAAAGCGGUGGCCACCACACACACACGCCCCCCUUUCCAGACCAGACCGCCACCGCCACCCACCCCCCUUUUUGCCUGGAUGUGUGCGCCCGGUUCCGGUGCCGUUUGGUUACCGUUCCCGUUCCCGUGCAUCUGGAUCUGGAAGCAGUGUGUGUGCGAGUGAGAGGGAGAUAUAUUGCCAUCAGAUAGCCAUAUAGCAGUCAAAGGAGCAAGAGCAGGAGCAUUAGAGGAGCUCGAGUUGCCGGUACCGUUACAGAUCAACAAAAAACAAAAAAUAAAAUAACAAAAAUCAAAACACACACACUCAAGUUCCAGUGUUGGAAACCCAGAACAGGAGAUACUCGCCCGACAAUUCCACUGUAUUCCACGGGAACGAGGAGAGCAAGUGGACGCCAGCGGACCACCUAGGACCCAAACUCCCCUCGAGUCCCUGAGAUGUUGCCAUUCACCCCGCAGGUGGUCAAGCGUUUGUUAGCACUCAAAAAGGGCAACGAGGACAACAGCGUCGAGGGCAAGUGGUCGGAGAAGGCUGUCAAGAACCUGGUGAAGAAGAUCAAGAAGAACUCGCAGCUGGAGGAGCUUGAGCGCGCGAUCUCCACGCAGAACUGCCAGUCGCGGUGCGUUACGGUGCCGCGCAGCAAGCCAGCUCCCGCCGGCGAGCACUUGCGCAAGGGUCUGCCGCACGUAAUCUACUGUCGCCUCUGGCGCUGGCCGGAUCUCCAGUCGCAGAAUGAACUGAAGCCCCUCGACCACUGCGAAUACGCCUUCCACUUGCGCAAGGAGGAGAUCUGCAUUAAUCCGUAUCACUACAAGAAGAUCGAGCUGUCCAUCCUGGUGCCCAAGUCGCUGCCCACGCCGCCGGACUCGAUUGUCGACUACCCGCUGGACAACCACACUCACCAGAUACCCAACAACACCGACUACAAUGCGGCGAUAAUUCGCAGCGCCUCGUUGAGUCCGCCGCAGUACAUGGAAUUGGGCGGUGCAGGGCCCGUUUCCGUAUCAUCGUCGACCAGUUCGACGCCAGCCAUUGCCGCCGUUGGAAACGUUGGUGGCGGUGGUGCCUCCUCCUCCUCCGCCUCCUCCUCGUCGACCACGUCGUCCUCGUCCGCCUCCGCCUAUCAGCAGCAACAGCAGCAGCUGUCCUUCGGCCAGAACAUGGACUCACAGUCGAGUGUGCUCAGUGUGGGCAGCAGCAUUCCCAACACCGGCACCCCGCCACCGGGCUACAUGAGCGAGGAUGGCGAUCCGAUCGAUCCCAAUGACAACAUGAACAUGUCGCGCCUCACGCCGCCCGCCGAUGCAGCACCGGUGAUGUACCACGAGCCGACCUUCUGGUGCUCCAUCUCCUACUACGAGCUGAACACGCGCGUCGGCGAGACCUUCCACGCCUCGCAGCCCUCGAUCACGGUGGACGGGUUCACCGAUCCCUCCAACUCGGAGCGCUUCUGCCUCGGCCUGCUCUCCAAUGUGAAUCGCAACGAGGUCGUCGAGCAGACGCGCCGUCACAUUGGCAAGGGCGUGCGGCUGUACUAUAUUGGCGGCGAGGUGUUCGCCGAGUGCCUGAGCGAUUCGUCCAUCUUUGUUCAGAGCCCGAAUUGCAAUCAGCGCUACGGCUGGCAUCCGGCCACCGUUUGCAAGAUCCCGCCCGGCUGCAAUCUGAAGAUCUUCAACAACCAGGAGUUCGCCGCCCUGCUCUCGCAGUCCGUGUCGCAGGGAUUCGAGGCCGUUUACCAGUUGACGCGCAUGUGCACCAUCCGCAUGUCGUUCGUGAAGGGCUGGGGCGCCGAGUAUCGCCGCCAGACGGUCACCUCGACGCCCUGCUGGAUCGAACUGCAUCUGAACGGACCGCUCCAGUGGCUGGACCGAGUGCUCACGCAGAUGGGCUCGCCGCGGCUGCCGUGCAGCUCCAUGUCCUAAGCGCAGCACCCGGUUCCGGUUUUCAAUUUUACCCCCAUAUCCCCCCCUCCCCUCCCAGUUAAAGGCUCAUUCGAAGCUGACCAGAUGCCCGGAAGACUGACAAGUAACACUGCAGAACUGAUCCUCGAGAACUUACGGCUGUCAACUUACUUUAGUAACGUUUUUCAAUCAAAUGUGCAAGUGGGUUUGAGUGAAACACGAUUUAAAAUUGAGUUGUAUUCCGUAAUUUCUAGAAGAAUUGGAAAAUGAAGCAGCUUUCCUUUGAUUUUCAUUUAAAUUCGCCAAUCUCAUAGGCAAUACAAUUUGUAAUACCUUUUGCAAGGGUAUAAUGCACUUUUUUUUUUGACUAGCUCUAGGAAAAGGAAACGCCAAAAAGUGUACAAAUUUAAAUCAAGGAAGCGCUACACUGAUUCUAAAACAAAAUACCAAAAAACCAAACAUUUACUUGAAAACUGUUUAUGAACUUGCACAAUUCUGCAGGGUUACUUGUCAGAAAUGUCGAUGGGAAAGCAAAAUGAGAAUCGGAAUUGGUUUCAAAAAGCGAAAACCAAGAAAAAUUCUGAGAGCACAUAUGAAAUAAGUUCAGGCAAAUUAUAUACGAGUAAAUACUUGAAAACAAGUGGUAGAUGCAAAACCAGAAACAGAUACAGAUAACAGAUAUAUCUAUAUACAAAGAGCACACACUUACAUGUGGGGUAUAUAUCUUUACAAGCAUAUAUGAAACAGAGAGCAUGUAUUUGGCGUUACAAGUUUAGGACUAUAUAUUGUGUAGGUGGAAACGUGGAUAGUUACAGUUUUCGAUAAGAGGCAGCAAUUUUUUUUAAAUCAUUUUACACACAAACAAAACGAGGAAAUAACCGAAAUGGAACCGACCAGGACCACACAAAACCAAAAGAUGCCCCCAAUCUGUGUGAGUAGAGUUGAAAAUUGGAAGCGCUUGAAGCGCGAUAGAGAGUCAAAAUUCUUUGUGAAAGAAGCAAAACAAUUAUGUAUAUCGGUGAUUUGGAACAGCAACAAACAAAAAAGAGAAAAGGAUCAGCAAAACAGGAACUGGGAUUUAUCAAGCUUGAAGCUUACACACACAGACACACACACACACACACUCUACCAUACAUUGCAAAUGUACAUAAGACCAAAAGAAUGAAAUUGUUCACGCAGGACCUCCACUUGAUCGAGAAUGGGAUUAUAGCUACAUAUAUCCGUUUUAUGAUGGUUGUUAAACGUUUCGAUUUUUCGCUUAGUACGUGUGUGUUACAAAUUCGUCAACUCUCAAAAACGAAGUCAGCAAAUUAUGCAGCUCUUGUUAGUCGUAAUAUCCAUAAAAUGCGAUCAUAUAUCUGUAUGUAAAGCACUUGCCCAACAAAAUUUGUGUGCCGCAAACCAAGUCAGACCCAUCAAAGGUCCCAUUUCGUUUGUUCAAAACUGCAUUUAUUGUAUACCAAAUGAGAGAUUCUUACUUCUUUAUCAGCCUCAGCCUCAAGCGUUUGUUUUUGAGUCAAUAUGCAAUAUGGUUUGCCGGCGCUGAUCGGAUUUUGCUUGGCAAGUGCGCGUUUUUCUUGGGUCUAGAUCUUAAGUCUAUAUAUGUAACAAAAUUCGCUAGCUUAUCUUGACAUUUAAAGAGCCCCAGCCCAGUUUGAGUUCGAGUUCAAUUUGUUUUUACUCCAGAUGUAUUUUUUUUUUCCUUCGCUUCGCUGUUACAACCAAAAAUAACUGUACCGCUACGGCGUAACUGUAAUUUAAGUUUUGACUAUUGUUUUUCCCCUUUGUUGCUUUUAAGUUUCUCACGUAGUUUUUGUGUGAAGACACCUAAUCCUGAUUGGCAAUCAAUCGAAUAAACGACCGCGAACGAGA